UGGCUGUUGGGAAGGUCUGCAGUAUUUUCUUGGACAAGAGAGAAAGAUAGAGGUGGGAUCCCUCACCGGGAAACACUGCCUGUUGGGUUGGUUGUAACACACAACCAAACAGGAAGCACAGCUGCUGAAAAUUGAAAAUUAAAUAAAAUAAAAAAAAAAAACACUUCUUUCACUUAUUUAAAUUUCCUCUAUUUAAAUGACGAUAAGACCGAGGUCAUUGUUUUUAGCCCGAGUGAAAGGUCCCAGUGUACAAGCCUAGACUUGGGGAGUCUUUCUGCUUUUAAAUCUGCAGGAGUGCGGAACCUGGGUGUUCUUGUGGACCAGUCCUUAAAAUUUUAUAAACAUAUUUCAUCGGUAAUCAGCUCCGGUUUCUUCCAACUACGCCUAUUGUCUAAAAUCAAGGGCUUUCUCACCACGAGAACUCUGGAAAUGGCGGUUCAUGCAUUCAUCACGUGCCGGCUAGAUUACUGCAAUUAACUUUACUGUGGUAUAUCUAGCUCACAAAUUGCCCGUCUUCAGUUAGUUCAAAAUGCGCCAGACUUAUUUUUAACUAUCGCAAAUAUGACCAUAUCACCCCUAUCCUCAAAUCUCUACACUGGCUGCCCGUUCGACAGAGAAUAGAUUUCAAAAUCCUGCUCUUUGUCUUCAAAUCUUUACAUAACUUAGCUCCCGUUUACCUAUCUAAACUUACUCAUCCGUACACUCCUACCAGAAGCCUUAGAUCACACGACCAGUUUCUGCUGGUAGCUCCUCGUGCCAGACUAAAGCGGAGAGAGGAGCGCGCUUUUGCGGUGGCAGGGCCUCGUCUGUGGAACAGCCUGCCUUUAGAGAUCAGAACAGCCCCCAACCUUGCUAUCUUCAAGUCGUUGGUAAAAACCUACUUAUUCUCAUUAGCAUAUUGAUUUCCUCUUUGAUUGGUCCUUCUUUUGUAUAUUUGAGUCAGUGUUUUAAGGUUGCUCUUAGCCUUGUUGUUUUUAUUUUGUGUCUUACGCUUUGUCUUGCUGGUUUUACGUUUUUUAUGCUAGCUCUGUAAAGCACUUUGGUCUGUCUAGCGGCUGUUUAAAUGUGCUAUAUAAAUAAAUGAACUUGAACUUGAUUUACCUCGGUGUUAAGACAAUACGUCAGUAGACGGACACUCGUAAAACACAUCACAUUGAUAACAUCAAUCUAAACAGUGCUUUAUCUUACAUAAUGAUUUAAAUGAUACAAACAUAAGUCAAAAUGACCUCCUACUAAACUAAACACCCCUCUACUCUGCCUCUGUUUGAUGUAGAGUUGGAAAUCAAUCCAUAUCUUCCGUAACUUUUUUUAUACACUUCAUUGUCUUUUCUUUUUGAUAAACCUGAUGUUUUUAUAACUGGCCUGUUAUAUUUCGCUGUUUUGUGAAUCACUUUGUAACGUGUUUUACAAAUAAUGAUUGUUUUAUUAUUAUGGUCUUCUCAAAGGUUAUUGCAGAUUCAGAGUAUUCGGGUUCACUGAGUUUAUUAUUUUAAUGAUCGUGUGGUUUAAAAGCAGCCAGCAGCCACUUAUAGUAUUACCACCAGGCGGCAGGACAAGCCAGCACAUUCUGUUUCAUUCCUCUCAUCCUCUGCAGAGAGAGAGAGAAGAGAGAGAGAGAGAGAGAGCAAGAUAUAGAGACUUGAAAACACAAAGAGAGUUUUGCAAACACUUCCAGGGUCUGGGGAUCUCUCUGUUGCAUGGUAUUGUCAUUAACAAAAAGCAGCCGCAGUGGGAGGUUGUGGAACUCUUCUUGUCUUUGUGCAUGCAGUGAUGAGAGGGUCCCAACCACAGUGAGAGACCCACAACACUCACUCAUGCUUUCUCUCUUCUCCACUUCAACCUCUGAGUUACACUCACUGCUCUCCUUUGGAUUAUUUCUUCUUCUUUUUUAUGCUCAAGACGCCUGUUGAGGAUUGAAAAGAAAAAGACUCUGCAAGGAGGAUUAACUUUGCAACUUUUUUUCCUUUAUUGAAGUUGGUUUUAUGAGAUUUUCUUCAGCUGGAAUAAUGCCUUUGCGUUGGAGUAGAAGCUCCUGGUUUCCAGUUGUGUUUGGUGCUGCGCUGGUUGUUCUUACCGCGGGCAAUGCUGGACCAAACCAGGACAGGAAGCAGCCAAGGUCGUCCUCAUGCUUUGGAGGCUUCGACCUCUACUUUGUUUUGGACAAAUCUGGGAGUGUGCAGCAUCACUGGACAGAAAUCUACAACUUUGUUGAACAUCUAGCUCAUAAAUUCAUAAGUCCACAGUUGCGGAUGUCCUUCAUUGUGUUCUCCACUGAGGGAAGCAUCUUAAUGAGCCUGACAGAAGACAGGGAACGCAUUCGUAAAGGUCUGGAGGAGCUCCACAGGGUUCUCCCAGGAGGAGACACCUUCAUGCAUGAGGGCAUCCUGAGGGCCAGUGAGCAGAUAUACUAUGGAAACACCGAAGGUUAUCGCACCGCCAGUGUUAUCAUCGCUCUGACAGACGGAGAGCUGCACGAGGAUCUUUUCUACUACGCUGAGCGGGAGGCCAACCGUUCCCGAAGCCUGGGUGCCUCUGUUUACUGCGUGGGCGUGAAGGACUUCAACGAGACGCAGCUGGCGAAGAUUGCUGAUAGCAAGGACCAUGUCUUCCCUGUGAACGAUGGAUUCGAGGCCUUGCAGGGAGUGAUCGACUCGAUCCUGAAGAAAUCCUGUAUCGAGAUCCUGGCAGCAGAGCCUUCUAGUAUCUGUGCAGGAGAGUCCUUCCAAGUGGUGGUGAGAGGCAACGGGUUUCUCCACGCCCGCAACGUCGAAAAGGUCCUGUGCAGCUUCCGCAUCAACGACACCGUCACUAAGAUGGUGAAGCCUUUGAUUGUGGAAGAUACGUAUCUCCUCUGCCCUGCACCAGUUCUCCAAGAUGAGGGGAUGGCAGCGAACCUUUAUGUCAGUAUGAACGAAGGUCUCAGUUUCAUCUCCAGUUCAGUCACCAUUACCACUGUGGGCUGUUCUGAUGGGACCAUCCUGGCCGUAGCGCUGCUCAUCCUGAUGCUGCUGCUGGUCUUGGCGCUCCUCUGGUGGUUCUGGCCUCUCUGCUGCACUGUGAUCAUCCAUGAACCCCCGCCACCGGCUGCGGACGAGAGUUCGGAUGAUGAAGACUUUGAAGCCCCUAAGAAGAAAUGGCCGACUGUAGACGCCUCCUACUACGGAGGAAGAGGAGUUGGGGGGAUCAAAAGGAUGGAGGUCCGCUGGGGUGAGAAAGGCUCCACCGAAGAAGGAGCAAAGCUGGAAAAGGCCAAAAACGCCAAAGUGAAGAUGCCUGAACAGGAGUAUGUGGAGGCCCCCAUGCGGGUUCUCAACAACGGCAUGCACAAACCCCUGGGGCCACGCAAGUGGUACUCACCCAUCAAGAGCAAACUGGACGCUUUGUGGGUACUUUUAAGAAAAGGCUACGACCGCGUGUCUGUAAUGAGACCUCAUCCGGGUGACAAGGGCAGAUGCAUGAACUUCACCCGCAUGAAGUCUCCGUCUCCUCCCUACCCCGACUACAACCACCACCCAUCCCCCAUCUACAACCCCCCCAGCAGGAGUCCACCUCCGCCGCAAGGCACGCUCCCACCGAGCCCCCGAAGCCCUCCAUCGUCUCCGACGUUCUCCUCCUCCUCCUCCUCCUCCUCCGCCCUUCCACUGCUGCCUCCAACACCUCCCCCCACGUCCGCCACUCCCUCCCCUCCCCUCACGCCUCCUCCUUAUACGCCACCUCCCACCCGGGCUCUUCCUCUGACCACGCUGCACAUACCCGACCCUCCGGCGCUACCGCCCACCCCUCCGCCCUCCGCCUCCCCGACUGGCUCCCUGCCUCCUCUUCCACAGGGACCUCCUCCGGGGCGAGCCCCUCCACCUGCCCGCCCGCCGCCUCGCCCUGGCCUGUAGAGCUCUGUGAGCACACAGGGACAGGAUUUUUAAAAAUUAUUAAAAAAAAAAUAAAAAAAACGCACCAACAAUCAGCACAUGACCAUCUUUGAUUGUACUUGCGAGUGGCUGCGAGCGCCUCGUGCCACGCUCAGUGGCAGACUUGUGAAGUGGAGCAGUGAGGACUUUGUCUUCAGCUAUUUGUCUACAGUGACUUUUGUACACAUUUAGCCCCGACACUGCAAUCGCUGAUGCUUGAAUUACACAGACAAUUCCCUACAAAUGAGGUCAUGCAGGCCGGCUUAAAAAAUAAAUAAAUUAAAAAAAACAUUCAGCCUCCGGCGUCCUCAGAGCUGGACCGUUGUCCCCUCCAUGCAGACACGCGAUUGGACGAACCCUGAUCAAGCAGAGGAACAACAGCUCGUACUGAUGCGUCUGCACAAGAAGCACAAUCGUGUUCAAAAUGAUCAUGACACUAAAAAAAAUGUGCCUGUGUAACAUUCCUAUCUUUUUCUGAUGAGAGAAACACUCAUGUUGCACAUUUCCCCCCCACUUACGAUUAAGGAUGAUUUAGAAGAAUCUAAAAAAAAAAAAAAAAAAAAAAAAAAAUCUGUUUUUAUACACUUGAAUGUUGAGCAAUUGCAUGCAAUAGUGUUUGAGUUGUUCUUUUUAUAACGUUUCUACCUUGUUUUAUACAACAUAAAUGCAUUUUUUUUUAUUUGUACUAUUAUUAUUGUUGAUCAUCAAUUUUUGUCUUUUUUUUUAAGGUAAGAAAUACAAUUGCUGAUAAACACAUGUACAGGAACCGUAUUGAAACAGCAAUGCAACGUAUCCGAACUUGUUCUUGCAACCUUUCUCUUCCGUGCCGUACUUAAGCAGCCUAAUGUGAGUCACAUCUGGCCUGUUCUUUGUGCACAUUACAGUUAAAAAAUGAAUUGGGACACUAAGUAACUGCAUAUGCUCUGUCUAUCACUAUAUGGACAAAAAUAUGUCAGAGUCAGGGAAAAGCUUUGCACACUGUCUUGCUCAAUCACCCACGGCCUCUAACAAAAAGGGUUUUAUGUAAAUAAUCAUUUUGAUGCAAUCAUGUGUGUUUAGCCGUCUGUGUGUGUGCGCGUCUGUGUGUGUGUCAAAAAGAAAAGAGACUAGUCUACUAGACGGAUUUGUGACAGCCGGUUUGAUCUAUUUCAACGAAAUGACCCGUUUCUUUCCGCUUUAAAGUCAUGGAAGCAUGGAACAGGAUGAAAGCAUGCCGUUUCAAGGGUCAUAUAAAAGUUCAGUGUAGAUUAAAGUUAAAAGGCUGAAAAAUAAAGUUAUUAUUUGAUUAGGAGUCAGAUUGCAAGCUCAUCCAUAGCAACCGGGAGGAGUCUUUCACUCCAAGAGUCUUAUAGAAAUGGCACGGCAAAACUGGAAAGACAGUUUGUAACUUUUCACCAAUACAAUGCAGUAUGUAGACACCGUUGUUACAUUCAAAAUGUAAGUAAACAAUUGAAGUGUAUUAAA